AUGAGUUCCAUCCCCCGUGGCACGUCACUGCGAGCCGGCGGCGCCUGUGUGCGCUGUCGCAAGGGCAAGACGAAGUGCGUCUACGACAACGGCCGCGCGCCCUGCAAGAACUGCGCAAAGGGCAUGCACGAGUGCUACUUGCCCUCCGAGAGCCUGGCUCACCAUCACGGCCAGUCGCCCGCCAGAGCUCCUCGUCCCCGCGACUCCUUGCCGGGCGAGCGAAGCGUGUCGGCCGCCAGCGACCGCCAACCUGCCUCGUCGGCCGCCGUGCUGCCGCGCAACCUGCAAACGAACAACAGCGAGAAAAUCAGCCCGGAGAUGCAAUCGGAAUGUGAGAGGGUCAUCAAUAAGACCCUCCCGUCUUGUGUCGCCUUUCACAAGCCCUCCUUUCUGCAAAAGCUCAAGAGCGGAUCCCUCGAAUCCAGCAUUGUCAAUGGUCUUCUUACUUGUGGUGCACGGAGUUCGACCAUGUUGAUACGCCGCUAUGGAGGUCAGGGGGGUCCGUCGGCAGCUGCGGAGCAUUUUGCCGUCAAGACCAUCAAUCUGGUUAUGCAGACGCUCGACAACCCAAGCUUGGCGGAUAUUCAGGCUCUUUGCCUCCUGACCAUCCAUGAAUGGGGCAAUAGAAAUGCCGUGCGCGCCUACAUCUACCUGGGACAGGCCUCUCGAAUGGCACAAAUGUACCGGAUAAUAGCCGUACACCAGAACCGGGGCGAUCCCGACCAGUUCAUCCAGGAUGAGUCCUUCCGCCGGACGCUGUGGCUAAUCUACAUACUCGAUUGUUUCCUCACCAGCAGCCCUGGCCGCCACCCGGCGGUCUCGCACCAUGAUGUCAAGGACGUACCUCUCCCGUGUCCCGACAUGAGCUACAACUUCGGUACACCGGUCUUCGUUCGCACCCUGGCUGGUAACCCGCCGCCGGGAGUGGAUGCCUCCACGCCCAUGACCGAGGUUGGCGAGUUCGGCCACAUCGUCAUGGCCACCCAGGCCUGGCGCAAUGUCAUCGAGAUGCUUACCACCGUCACCCCCGCCACCUUCUCCGAGGAGAACUGCGUGUCCCUCGAGGCUGGCAUCGAGGCCGUCCGCAGCUCCUUGCCCAUGCAUUUCGUCGACAAGCCUGGUCAUGUCAACCUUCACAUUACUAUGGGUAGCGGGUACACCUACGCCAUGUUGCACUGUCUUCUUCACUCUGCGACCAUCAUGGUCAACCGACGGAGGCUUCUGCAUCUGGUCACUACCGAGGGCUUCGACCACAAGACUUGGCGUAUGGUACCGCACGCUCACCUCCAGACGGUGGAUCGGGUUUUUGCCUCUUCGCACAGUGUCGUCACACUGCUCCUGGCUCUAGAAAGCAAUGCCGACAAGGACGCCGUCUUCAAUAUCCCGCUGGUGAUGCUGUUCUCCUGCUUCACAGCAUGCUCUACCGUGGCCUGGUUCAGCCUCAAAGGCUUGACACCUGGCGACGUGAACGAGACUGCCGAGGCCAUUGUCAGCGAUGGGAUGCGCUUCCUCCAGGAGGGCGCCAACACAUGGAUGUUGGCCAUCCCAUGGUACCGCCACUUGUCGGUCAUGGCCAAGGUGCUGCGCAACGGCGACCGGGAGGCGACAAGGCUACCCGUCGAGCCUGCUCCGUCGUCGACCAAGGAUGAGACGGGCAGUCAGCCGGAUAACAACCCUGACAGUAUGGACUACGAGCGUCACUCAUCGGCCAAUCCGCAGGAGCCGGUGGAGAACCGGGGCAGUGAGCCACCACGAAAGUCCGGGUUCACAACGAUCAAUGGGGGUCCUGCUGGUGCUGCGACGCCGGCCAUGGCUAGCCCGCCUCCUGCAGAGACCAAGGCGUUGUCGCCUGUGCCCUCAUCGUCAGGCGACGGGCACACAGCCGAGCCGGCGGCAGCCUCAUCGGGAUCUGAUAUGACGUCAGCUGAGCUUUGCCUGGCGUUCGAGCGGCAGCUCCUAGAGCUCGACGAUCUGGCGGCCUUCAUGGGCGGUGGUGUAUGA